AUGAAGUUUGGUUCACGUUUUACUAAAGAAGAAGUCUACGCCGUGGAACUUUUUAAAAACAUAUUUGGAGCUGAGUUCAUUACAAAACAUUGUAUCCUGCUAUACACAUACGGCGAUUGUUUUGAUACAGAUCCGUCCAUUCAAGGGAGGAAAAUAUCAUUUGAUCAGUGGCUGAAAGAACAAAAUGAUAUCAAUCUAGUUCCGUUUCUCAACGAAAUCAACUAUCGAGCUAUUCUUUUCAACAACAGAUCAAAGGACGACAGCCAGGUAACAAAAUUGAUCAAGAUGAUUGAUCGAUUGAACACAGGACGAGAGAGAUACUCUCACGAGAUGUUUCAACAAACGCAAGAGUUUAGAGAGAGUUUGGUACGAGAGUUAGAGCGACCGUUUAUCGAUGACGAACUAAUGCAAGAAAUCUUCGAAGUCAAAGCACAUUAUGAUAGCUUUGAGAUCGAUGAAGAAAAUAUUGGAUGUUCUUUAACAAAACUCACUUUCAUCAGAGAGAGGACAAAACAACUGCUUGAAAAACUGCACGACGCAGACAGGAAAACCGGCGCUUUAUCUAACGUCAUCAGCCUUAUCAACCAUGUGACGGUAGAUUUAGAGAACCAAGUACAUGAACUGGAGACAGUAUGCAAAGAAUCAGGAGCAGAAUUGGGUAUAGGACCUGUCGAUACAUAUCCAGCAGUAACUCCAGAACCAUCUAGCAAUUUUGUGGCCGCCAGAAAGAUAGUCCAGGAAACCUUAACUCACGUACAGCGGGAGAAGAUCAGAGUUAUCCGACACAGCAGUUUGCUGAGAAAAGAAGAAACACACAGACAAUUUCUCAUAGUCCAAGAGCAGCUAAAAUCUGCUGGCUUCCUUAGCUCUCUCUUCGAAUUUUUUAAAAGAAUUAUCAGAAAAAUUCUUAAUACCUUUUGA